UUCAAAAAUAACAAUUGACUCUCGUUAAACGAUGGGGUGACUUUCGUUUAAAUCUACAACUCAUUUUUGAACCAUCAUUGUUGGGCUUCCUCUGCAUAGUAAACAAUCUCAUUGUUGUGAAAUACAUUUUUUUCCCUCAGUGCAGUGAAAUUUACUGAAUUUAGGUCGAACUAUCAAGAAGAAAUUGUGUUUUCGAAAUUACUGCACUCGUAGUUUCGACUCGUUUGUCUAGAAACGAAAGUGAUUCGACUUAUUUCAUUUGUCAGUGAACAAUACUCUUGCUCCAAUCGUCACAUUGGCACUGUUUUAUCACAUAUGACCUCAAAUCCAUUUAGUAAGGCAGUUGAUCAAAGACUUGCAACGACACGCAUGUGAGUCAAGGUCGUUUCAGUGAAAAUUAUCAUGACAAAUGCACUGUUAAUGAACAUUGGAGCAGCGUCAACAUGGGAAGGAAUCUUUACUUAUCCUUCACUGAGACCUGCCAUCCUUGCAGCAACAGGACGCCCACCACCCGCCUAUUUAAAGCAAACAAUUACCAAUACUAACAAACCAGACAUCCGACUCGAAGCAAUAUUGCAACUAAUAUAACAUAACUAAACGAAAUUAAAAUAAACUACAGUAAACUAAAGCAACUAAACCAAACUAAAAGAAACAGCUGUAAGAAUAAUCCAAGUAAAUUAAGUAACUGUGUAAACAAAAUCAUAAGAUUCAAAACGACGGGGUGGUGGUUUUGACUAAGUCAUAAUACAAGGUCUAAGAGAAAUCCAUAAAAAGAACAAAACACACAGGAGAGAGGAUGAUCACCCCGGAGGCAGCAGAGUUUGCUGGAGCUCGGGCCAGAGAAGGAUCUAUAGCAAAGGAAUGAGGCACCCCGCACUGCGCCUGGCUGGGAUCGUGGCAUCCCCCAGCGGAGGUGAGGGUGGGAUAUUUGGCACAGGGACUGAAGAAGAAUUGAGAAAGUGGCUGGAAGUGCGAUUAGAUGCUCUGGGUAUAGAUCCUGUAGCCUAUUCGCGUUUCGUUCUCAGCUUACUGAGGCGUCCCGACUCUGUCUUCAGUCCUUGUGGCAAGGCCGGAGCUUUUGCACGAAGUAGCUGCCGGCAGUCCAGAGCUCCUACUAGACCCCCACCAGCUACCGACAGGGAGCAAAAGCGUGCCGUUAUACAGUGUCUCGCUAGUGCUGCCGAUCAGAAGUGUGGAGUAGAGUCCCUGGUGGAUGAACUCUGCUCAAGAUUGAGGGAAUUGGAAGGAGGGAGUUCGGACGAUGAGAAGGAUAAUGUCGAAACAUUAAAUGGAGAACCGAAAAUGGCGUUAGAGUUACUAGCCCCUCGAGACAGAGCCCUCAGGUAUUACGCAGCGUUUCCAGCUUUACAGCCUGCUACCCCGAAAAAAUUCAGCCACAAAAAGGAUCGAGCUUCUGGACAGAAUAACGUCAACAACAGUAACAAUAACAUCAGAAGUCCAUCGGAGAUACCAAUGAAUGAUGAUGGUUUAUUUUUCAAGACGAUCGCGGGAAGACCAGAAGAAAAAGAUAUGAGUUACGGAUUUGCUAAAUCUAUGGAGAGGGAGCGGGACAGGGAAAGAGAACUGGAAUUAGAUCAGCUGCGUCUGGCUCAGUUACAGGCAAAGUUUGAUCAAAGUCUGGAAGCUCUUUGGGAUUCAGGUCCUGGAAAUGCUCAGGACACAGCCUCAAUUUGGGCAGCCCCUUCUCUGUCAAUUCCUUCUGGACCUCUCUGGCCUGCCGAGACGAGUGACGCUCCAUUUAUUCUUCCGUUGAGUAACAGCGGUCGCAAUAUCAUGGAUACACCUUAUCAAGAAUCUAUUAUCGACGACUCCCCACUCAUUCCUUGGGACAUUGACUUAAUUGACGUUGGAGACUACGUUGACGAAACUGGCAAUAAAAAUAAGACAGAAUAUAAUGUAAACUGGUCAAACGCUAUCGUGCAAGGACCUUGGGCCUGGCGUGAGCUCGGUGGAAGUCUCGCAACUUUGGGGCACAGCUCGCAGGCAGGCAGUUGCUUCCUGCCAGUUGAGCCGUGCAAGACACCGGCAAAAUCCGAAGAAGAGGAGGUGCGCCCCAGUCACGAAGUUGCGAAUGUUCAAGAACCGGACGAGGACUUGCUUACUUCUGCUCGAACUCAUUUUCGGCCCAUAAAAGAAGAUGGGCAUUGGGCUGAUGGAACGACUUUUCCUGUUAACAACAGUCUCGAGAGGGUUGCCUAUCGGCGAUCCGAAUCAGGGAAUUUGCUCUAUCUUCCUGGCGGCGAAAGUCCAUACAUGGAAUAUCGCGAGAGCACCUCACCGCUACCAGCUACUAUCCCAGCUACACUGACGUUGAAGUUCAGAGUACGACAGUGCGACAAAUGCGUCCAAACUGAACCAAUACGAUCUCCGGCUAAACGAAGGAUCCUCUCAGACGCGGACCACUUCUAUUUUCCACCAGACAGAGAGGAGGAAGGCGAUAUCAUUAAGAUACCGGAAACAACACAACUAGAAGAACAUUGUUUUACUUUGGAUCAACUUGGAUGGAUUAAGCAGCGCUUACCGUUGCACAACGAUAGAAAAAGAAGACACAGCAGCAGUUUGAGAUGCCGACCAUUGGCCUCGCUGCGUCCGCUCACUCUAUAGGAGGCAUGAGAGUCAUGGGAAAAUAUCUUGACAGGCAAAUGGUGUUUUAGCGAAGUUUUUGAAGUAAUCGCAAUACGACGAGGGGGUUUCCUUGGCAUGUGGAAUUUGUUAUGCAUGAACGCAAGGAGGCAAAUCUUACCCCCUCCCUGAAUACGCAACAAUCGAGAACCGAUGACUACAACUAUACGAGUAAGAAAAAUUAUUCAAACAGUUCGUUAUUAUUAGCCCUUUGGUGACGAGAAAAACGUGCAAGAAGAGAAAAAUAAAAGGAAGAAGACAGAAGCAGGAGAAGAAGAAGAAGAAGAAGAAGAAGAAGAAGAAGAAGUAAAUGGAUAAUACGAAUUUCAAGUAGAAAAGAACGAAGUAAAAAAUUUAAUAAACAAAGCGAAAAAAAAAUUUAUAUCCUUUGUUAAGUGAAAGGAAGCGAAUGCGCGUACGAGAGCGAGAGACAAAGAGAGAAAGAGAGAGCGAGAGAAGGAUUGAAAGUAGUAGAGGUAAUUUCCGGUUUAUUUAACUCGUUGACUUUCGUAGUAAUUGCGGAAAUGUUCUCCAAUAUUAUUAUCCAAUAUCUUAUCGAUUUUUAUCAUUCGUUGUUAAAAACGAAUAAAGAAUAUUUUCGUUUGGCGCAUAGAGCGCUGAGCAUUGAGAAGCGCAUAGAUUCAAUUAUUAAAGUGUUAUAGAAUGAAAAAAAAGUGAAAAAAAAAAAAUCAAAAACAAAUUAAAGAUUAAAAGUUGGAACAAUUGAAUAACGUCGUGCAUAACGUUUUCUAACGUCAUGUUAUCGAUUCGCUGUUCUGUUUUCUUGUUGUUUUCCCAUUAUUAUUAAUUAUUAUCUUAAUCAUAUUGUCCUAAUUUUAAUUUAACUCCGUAGAAGAUUAACCAAUUGUACCCAAACUCCCAAUUUCCCUCUUCACAUCUUCCAGUUCCCGAGAUGAAAAAACAAAAAGAAAAAAAAAACAAAAAAAAAAUUACGAAGAAAAAAAAACAAAAACAAACAUGUAUGUUUGAUAAAAGGUACAAAAAAACGAAAAAAAAAAAUUAAUUCUCACCAUACACACAUACCCAAAUAUAUUAAAGAAAUACUAAAAACAAAAUUUUUUUUAAAUGUAUAAUAAUUGCAAAUCGUAGUUGUUAACAGACAAGAAAUGCGUAUGCAAUUUGAUAAUUAUACCUACCUAAUAAAUGAUAAUUUAUAAUGUGCUACCGGAGACGUAUAUACGUGAAAAAGAGGUCUAUCAGAUUAUGGGAACAGACAAUAUAUUAUCACAUUGACGUGCUCUGGGAAAAAAGUAACGAGUUUCAACAAUUAUCGUGAGAGAUUAAGAGGAAAACAAAAACACAAAAAAAAAUAAAAAUAAAAAAAUGAAACAUAAAAAUCAAAUAAAACAAAUAUAUUGAACGAGGAUCGAUGUAACUAGCUGGGAGUAACCAAUUAAAAGCAUUGCAGACA